UAUUACUCAUUAUUAUUUUUUAUCUAGCCAAAUCAUAUUCAUACAAAACAACUAUAACUACUCUAACAAACUACAAUUAAGGUUAAUCUGAUUACAUGUUCAGAACUCACUCAAGUACUACUUUCGUUUAGCCACUAGUCGGAUUAAUGAUUGAUGAUUCUCUAACUUGUUUCACUUAGGGCUGGCAAUCGGUUUGUUACCAGUUUAACCAAUACCCGGUAAGUAAGUUAUCGGUAUACCGAUCCUUGUUAAACAACCACCAGGUACCGAUAUCGUGUGGCAGUUGGUUAACCGGUUAACCGAUUAUCGCUUAGUAUACCAAUGAUACCUUUCUGACUUAUGGGCAUUUUCUCUUUUGGAUUGACGCAAUCGGUAGAAGGUUCAGAUAUGUUUCUGGCAUUAUCUCCACCCUCAUAUGCUAUUCUUGAUGGCUGCAUGCAAUCAAAGCACCUACAAAAGCUCAACGGUUCUUUCCACCAUGAAAUACAUGCGCCUGAAGACGGCGAAAAUGCAUAGGGAAGGACUCGAUGGAUGGCAUGGCAUGGGAGGGAUAGGAAGGGGUCAUUGUGAGAGCAUGAACAAUGAGCAUUUCAGACCCAACAAUUCCUUCCCUACCGCUGACCUCUUCGAUCUCGUGAACUCCUUCGAAAGAGACUACAACCACAAUCGCACCAGGAAGAUAGCGAUCUCUUGUAAUAAGGAUUUUGAGGAAUCGAAGGGGGACAAGGUAUUCGAAGGUGAGAGACUUGAGUUGGAGAAACCGCUAAAAGAAGACGAUGAAGGCGUUCAGGAAGAGCAAGAGAGGAUCAGCUACUUGUUGGAACAAGCUUUUUUUAGCGGAAUCGGGGAGAGAUCUGCAGAUGGAUUCGAACGCGUUUGAUGACCUUGUUUGCACGUGAUCUAAUACCAACCACUAAAAUGGCUAAUUUCCCCAACCUCGUUCGCUGCCAGCAACCUUGUUCCUCGUCGCUCUCUCAAAAUCUGAGGUGGAGCUUCGAGCAUCGGCUGAUGGUGCUGCUGGUUACCGUCUCUGGUGCCAUGUGGUGGAUUGGGGGUGGUCUCAAUCGACGACUCCUCUUCCUUAGGGUUGUUGGCUGCAGAGAGUUGGAACGAAGCCAACGUGAGGCACGUGGGAGGAAGUCGAAGUCGGGUGGGGUGUAGGGCGGAUUUCUUGUUUCGUUGCCGUAUGCUGUGGAUAUUGGUUGUUGGUUAGUUAACUAACCACCGGUUACUAACCGACUGUGAUCCGGUAUACCGAGCUCUUCGAUUUCGUCACCGGCAACCGAUACCACGAUUAACGUAUAACCGAUUAUACCAUUAACCGAAAAACCAAAUACCAACACUAGUUUCACUUUUCAUUCAUAAUGUGCAUAAUCACUAACUAAACCUUGAAUCUAGAUUAAAGCAAUCAAAGCCCUCUUGAGUCGGUUGCGUAGAGGCACAUAUCCGUCUCUAACAAAAUCGAUCAAGGCAUUCUACACUAGACUCCCUCUAUUGGGUGAGGUUCUCACUCAAUACAAAGCAGUGAAGCGACUCACUCUCGCACAAUUGUUCCAGUGCUUCCAAUCUAUGGUGCUCUAUUGACCUAAUUUGGUAUUACCUCUCAUUGAAUCAAAGUAGAAUCAAUAAUCUCGAUUAAAGCAGAAUUGAACAUGAAACAAGCAUAUAUUGAAUAUGAACUCAAGAUUAUCAAAAUAGAGUGCUCAUAUAGUCAUCCAAUCAAACAAAACAGGGAUAUGGUUCCUCAAAACCUAAGUGAAGGGAAGUUUCUUCAAAGAGAAUACAUAUAAUGCAUAAAUCUGAUCUAGAUCUUCAAUCUCCAUCUCGAAACUUGAUUCACGAGCUUCAAUGGCAAAGAAAUCCUCCAAAACAUCUCUCGGAAGGUUCUCGACUCCCUCUCUCUCUCUAGGGUUCGUCCUUUGGGUGUUCGAGAUCCAAAAACCCAGGCCCCCUUUAAGAUUCAUAGAUUUUUUUUAUAUCCGAUAGUGACAAAAGCACAGUCAGGAGUGUAGCCAUGAAUUCUUUUAGGGUGGGUCCAUUUUAAGAAAAAUGCAAAAGAUAA